GAUUUUUAAGGUUAUGUCAGCAUGUCAGGAAUAAUCUGAGGUCAAUUGAUUUCCAAAUUGAAUAUCAUGAAUUAGAAAGUACUGAAACGAAAGAAUGAAACGGCAGGAUGUUAUGUGACGACUGUAAUAACAUGCGGGGAUAGAGCUCAUUUCACUUGUACUUUCAUAGCAGUCGCAGUGAGGCGAUCUUCAUAUUUUCAAAAUGAGUGAAAAAAAAGUGAUUAAAGUCGGCUCACGAAAAAGCGAACUUGCUCUUAUCCAGACUCGAUAUGUAAUAUCUUUAUUAAAAGAGAAAUAUCCUGAAAAAGAAUUUGAGAUUGUAACUAUGAAUACACUUGGUGACAACGUCCUAGACAUUCCUCUUCCUAAAAUUGGUGAAAAAUCUCUUUUUACGAAAGAACUAGAGGCUUCUCUUAAAACAGGAUGUGUUGAUUUUGUUGUUCAUUCUUUGAAAGAUUUACCUACUACUCUUCCUGAAGGAAUGGUUAUAGGAGCAGUUUUAACCAGAGAAGAUCCAAGGGAUGCUCUGGUGCUUCAUGAAAAAUUCAAAGGUUGCACGUUAAAGACACUUCCCAAAGGAAGUAUUAUUGGUACUUCAAGUCUGAGAAGGUCUGCACAAUUGUCAAGAAAAUAUCCAAGUUUAAUUGUUGAAAAUAUAAGAGGAAACCUAAACACUAGAUUGAAAAAAUUGGAUAGUUUAAAUAAGUUUGAUGCUAUAAUUUUGGCAACCGCUGGUCUACAUAGGAUUGGAUGGCAUGAGAGAAUAUCAGCUAUAUUGGAGCCAGAUGAUAUUAUGUAUGCAGUAGGCCAAGGGGCUCUAGCUGUAGAAUGUAGAGAAAAUGACAAAGAAACUAUUGACCUACUUAGUCCUCUUUAUGAAUUGGAAACUGCCCUGAAAAUUCUAGCUGAAAGAAGCUUUCUAAAGACAUUAGGGGGUGGAUGUAGUGCACCAGUAGCUGUAACAUGUGAUUUAGAUUAUAUCAAAGAGAAAGAAAGAAAAGAAACAGAACUCACACUGAAAGGUGGUGUUUGGUCUUUAGAUGGUCAAAUAGAAAUUAUAGAUGGACUAUCUACUAAAUUAAUUUACAAAAACGGUUAUGACAAAUGCAAAAACUGUCCCUACAAUAAUAAUGGGGAUAAGCUCUCUAACGAAACUAAAAAUGGUGGUUGUUCAAAAAGAUGUUCCUCAACAAUAGAGAAUGAAGAUGUUCCUAAAAAAAGACAAAAGUUAGAGGAAUUGCCCAUUGAAUUACUGAAAGAAGAUCCACAUGAACACUGCCCAGUUGAAAUUCCAAUUGGAUCAGAUUUCAUGGGUAAAUGUCCUUUUCUCGAGAAAGGACCUAGCGAAGCAAAGAAGAUCUUGGAAAACUUAGACCUAAAACUUCCAGAACAAUGUCCAUUUAAAUCUAUAAGCAAUGAAGUUUCAACUAGUAAAAAUGAAAUAUCAUCUUCCAUAACAAAAGAAGAUAAAUAUUGCGGUUUGGUGCUCCACAAAAAGGCUGAUGUUAAAGAUUUUGAGGAAGCCGCUUUAUUGGGACAAAAAGUAGCUGAAAGGCUUAUCGUUAAAGGUGCAUCAGAGGUUAUGGCAAAAGCAAGAGCGACUAUACAUAUAUGAAAUUUGUUUUGUUUUAGUAUCAUAUUUAAUCUCUGUUGUUAUUGGAAUAAAGAUAUUUAUGGUUUGAA